AUGGAUUAUAAUUUAACUUAUAUAACUCUUGAUGGAUAUGUGGAGGUAUACAAAUACAGGUAUUUGUAUUUUGUGAUCAUGUUUACAGCAUACAUUUUAAUAAUUUGCUCUAAUUCCAUGAUCGUGCAUCUUAUCUGCUGUCACCGAAACCUCCAUGAGCCUAUGUAUAUUUAUAUUGCAGCUUUGUUACUGAACUCACUAGUUUACAGCACAACUGUCUACCCAAAGAUUUUGAUAGACUUCUUAUCUGAGAAACAGGUCAUAUCUUAUCCUGUCUGUCUUUUCCAGUGGUUUACAUAUUACACUUUAGGAGGUUCAGAAUUCUGGCUGUUGUCAGUCAUGGCCUAUGACAGGUAUGUGUCCAUAUGUAAACCUCUGCAGUAUCCGCUGAUAAUGAAUAAAACCAAAGUCACAGGUUUCCUGGCUUUAGCCUGGCUUGUGCCUUUCUGUCAGACUAUAGUUCCUGCUGGAAUUAAUGCCAACAAAAAACUCUGUCACUUUAUUUUCAAAGGUAUAAUGUGCAACAGCCUCGUGUACAGACUCCAUUGUGUUACUUCGAGAGCAUUGAAUAUAUACGGGUUAUUUGUUUUUGUAAAUCUCGUCAUUCUCCCUGUGCUUUUCAUACUUUUUACAUACUCUAGGAUAUUCAUCAUAACGUAUCGAAGCGGUCGAGAAGUCAGGAAAAAAGCUCUUCAGACCUGUUUACCCCACCUGCUGGUUUUAAUCAACUUUUCCUGUUUCAGUGUUUACGAUGUUCUUCUACUACGAAUGGAAACGGAGUUCUCGAAAACUGUACGUUUUAUAAUGACUUUACAAGUGAUUUUGUAUCAUCCUCUGUUUAAUCCAAUUAUAUAUGGAUUAAAAAUGACUGAAAUCUCUAAACAUCUCAAGAGGUUGUUCUGUCCAGCUGGAAUGAUUUAA